GCACCGUAUUUUCAAAGCCGGAAGCAAGGUCACGACCGAACCGGACGUUUACAGUUUAGCAUUCCUACAGCGUUGUAAACUAAUCCUUGUCGAUAUUUGGGUCUUUUUCUAUUGUUGCCUUACAGUCGAAUUCAACAAUGUCCGAAAGAAAAGUCCUAAAUAAAUACUACCCCCCAGAUUUCGAUCCUGCCAAAAUCCCAAAGCUUAAACUCCCUAAAGAUCGACAGUAUGUGGUCAGAUUGAUGGCUCCGUUCAAUAUGAGGUGUAAAACAUGUGGUGAGUACAUCUACAAGGGAAAGAAAUUUAAUGCGCGUAAAGAGACUGUUCAGAAUGAACAUUACAUGGGACUGCCGAUCUUUCGAUUCUACAUUAAAUGCACUCGGUGUCUUGCUGAGAUCACAUUUAAGACUGACCCAGAGAACACAGACUAUGCCAUGGAGCAUGGUGCCACACGGAACUUCCAGGCUGAGAAACUCUUGGAGGAAGAGGAGAAAAGAAUACAGCAGGAGAGAGAAGAUGAAGAAUUAAACAACCCUAUGAAGGUAUUAGAGAAUCGUACAAAAGAUUCAAAGAUGGAGAUGGAAGUUCUGGAGAACCUCCAGGAACUGAAGGAGCUGAACCAAAGGCAGGCUCUGGUGGACUUCGAGGGAAUGAUCGAUCGCUACCGAGAGCUGGAAAAGCGAGAGAGGGAAAGAGAAAAAGAAGAGGAUGAACGUGAGACAAAAGAGAUGUUGGAACGUGCUCUUGUGAAAAGACUGAGGGACUCUGACUCUGAAUCAGACGGAGAAGAGGAGAGCAGCAAGGGCCACUUAAAGCAGACUUGUGCAGAUAAACCAACAGAUAUCCUCACCGCUGAUAAAGCAGCAAAUCUGCAGGGAACUUCGUCUGGGGGAGUAAAGAGGCCAAAGGUGGAGAGCUGGGAGAAGAGUGUCGGGACUCUGGGAGGCCGAGGGGCCCUGAGCUCCCUGGUGGUGCGAAAGAAACCAACAGAAAUGGAUAAAAAACCCAACAGAGAGGAGGCAUCUACUGCGUCACAAUCAGAUUCAAUGGCAUCAACGGGCGACUCAGCAGAUCCUUCUAAAUGCAGCGUUUCUCAGAAUGGAUCAUCAUCUCUCAGCCUACUGGGGGCGUAUUCAGACAGCGACAGCAAUGACAGCGACUGAAAGGAAAAAAAGGGGGGAAAACAACACAUUGAGGUUGAUCUUUUUCUCAUCAGAAACUAAAUGACAGUUCUAGUAAUCAGUUUACAAGGAAUUACCUGGAAAAGUUAUAAUGUAAUCUGCCCUGGGCCUGAGAUGUAUAAGAAUUUUUCUGAUUCAAAACCAAAAUUCAUUUGUUAUUAUUUGACAUUUUAAACAAAGUGUGUGAACUAUUUCAUUAAAAUAUUUCAUUAAAACUCAAAAGGACUAUAAACUAUUCUAUUUUUUGUUUAUAAGCCAUGUUUUUCCUCUAACUAUAUCAGAUGAAUAUGUAAUUGUUCCUGUUGUUUCCGUGUUUUAAGUUUUUGGUUGAUGUAAGGUAAAAUGUGCCAAAUUCUAAAUUAAAUUUAUUAAAUCUG